AUGAAAGUGAAGGUAUUGAGUCGUAAUCCUGAUGAUUACAUCAGAGAUACAAAGACAGAGUUCCAUAAAGUGACAAGAAAUUAUAGUAAGGAGGUACAUCCAUUUGAGGAACAGAGAGAAUAUGUAAGAGCAUUAAAUGCAACGAAAAUAGAACGAAUGUUUGCUAAGCCAUUGAUUGGAGAUCUAAGUGGACAUAAAGAUGGUAUAUCCUGUAUUGCAAAACAUCCAACACAACUUUCGACAUUAGUUACUGGAUCUUUUGAUGGUGAUGUAUGUGUAUGGAACUUACCGACCAGAAAAUGUAUGAAGAGUCUUAAUGCACAUGAUGGAUUUGUUAGAGGAAUUGUAUUUUCAACGGACGGCGAUCGAUUCCUUAGUGUUGGUGAUGAUAAAGCUAUAAAAGUAUGGACAACAAAUACAUACGAUAUGGAUGAUGAGGAAGACGAUAAUGCUCCAAUUAAUACAAUUCUCUCAAAGACUGUCCUUACAUCAAUUACACAUCACAGACGAGACCCGAUAUUUGCUACUUGCGGUGAAAUGUGUCAGCUAUGGGAAGAGAGUAGAAAUGAGCCUUUAAAGUCACUUCAAUGGGGAUCAGACUCUAUUCAUCAUAUACAGUUCAAUUUAGUCGAAAAUAAUCUUCUUGCUGCAUGUACAUCAUCGAGAAGUAUAAUCCUUUAUGAUAGACGAGAAGGAAAGCCUCUUAGAAAAGUUGUAAUGUCAAUGAGACCUAAUUACUUGGCUUGGAAUCCGAUGGAAGCAUUCACAUUUACUGUGGCUAAUGAGGAUUACAAUUCCUAUACAUUCGACACAAGAAACCUGAAUCUUCCUAGAAAAAUUCACGAAAAUCAUGUAGCUGCUGUAACUUGCGUUGAUUAUGCUCCAACUGGAAAAGAGUUUGUGUCUGGUAGUUACGAUAAGACAAUAAGAAUUUAUGAUGUCGAGAAGACAAACUCGAGAGAAAUUUAUCAUACAAAGAGACAGCAACACAUUACAGCAGUAGCAUGGAGUUCAGAUAAUAAGUACAUUUACAGUGGAUCUGACGAAAUGAACAUCAGAAUCUGGAAGGCGAAUGCAUCAGAGAAGUUGGGACCGGUAAGUUCAAUGAUCUACAAUUAUUAUUUUAUUCAUGUCUUGAUAACAUAUCCUUUUUAUAUCCAUCAUAAUAGUUGA